UUAAAAUAUUUAAAUACACAUAUUUGCGUUUUGUAAAACAAAACAAUACGUAUAUGUGGCGCCUCGCGCCGAGCAGCACCGUCGCCGGCGGAAGUAGACACUACAGCUGAGAAUUGAAUUUCACAUUGUUUACAACAUUGCCAUUCCUGUAUUUCCUCGCUAAGCUAACCUUAUUAUGAUUGUUUAGUGGUUUAGUGAUUUUAUUUAAUAUUGUUAAGCGUUAAAGAAUCUUAGCAGCUACAGCGCACCCUGUGAUAAAACUUGAUUUAUUCUAUAUUUUGAGAAUAUUUUUAUACAUUGCGAUCAUUCUUAUUCUCUAUCUCCGUAACAUUGGCUCUUCGCGGCACGUGGGGCUAACCAGAUGGCCGCUUGCGCGGGAGUUAAUGUUUACAUCAAACCGGAAGGUAAAAGCAAAGCUGAAUUACGCGCUGAAAGAAGAGCUAAACAAGAGGCACAAAGAGCUGCUAAACAAGCGCUAAAAACUGUUAAACAAGAACAAGUUGGUGAAAAAGUAAAAGUUAAAAGUAAACCAAAUAUUGUUCAAUCAAAGACAGUUGUGACAACUAUAACGAAUCACCCAAUAGAUGAUAUAACGAAUAGGACUAUAAAGAAAACAAUAAAAGAUGAUACGCAUGAAGUAAAUCUGUUUAAACAUUUGUAUCAUGAAAGAGAACAUGCUUUGCAUGAAGCUACUACAUCUAAUUUUAAUAUACAUCCAGCUAUACGAAAACUUGGUGUACAGUACGAGAAUAAAAUUCUUGUCGGUAGUAACGCUAGAUGUGUAGCAUUUUUGGUAGCAAUAAAACAGCUUAUAGAAGAUUUUGAGAGACCAUUGAAAACUGAUUUUAGUAGAGGCCUUGAAGCAAAAUUGAAAGAAACUGUUUCUUAUUUGCACGCCUGCAGGCCAUUAGCUGUUUCAAUGCAAAAUGCAUUGCGUCAUUUAAAAUGGCAAAUGACUCAAUUAGAUUCUACGUCUACCGAUACAGAUGUAAAUAUUUCUUAUUAA